AAAAGAGGGUGAAGCGGUAAAAUGGCGUCGGCCGGGCCUGAGCCUGGGGGGAGCAGCGGCGUUUCCUCAGCUUUCAGCUUCCUUUGCUGUUCACUGAUGCCUUCCCGAAGAUGUAUGGGGACACCCGGGACAGCAACACUUAAAAAAACACUCGAGUUGCCAGGUGCCUCUGGGCACUCCUCACAGACAAUCAAGAAAGGCCACAGGGGUGUGGAUUCCACCGGCGAAACCACGUACAAGAAGACAACUUCGUCGGCCCUCAAAGGUGCCAUCCAGCUUGGGAUCACCCACACGGUGGGGAGCCUGAGCACCAAGCCAGAGCGAGAUGUCCUCAUGCAAGACUUCUACGUAGUGGAGAGCAUCUUCUUCCCGGGUGAAGGCAGCAACCUCACCCCGGCCCAUCACUACAACGAUUUCCGCUUCAAAACCUACGCUCCUGUCGCCUUCCGCUAUUUCCGUGAACUGUUUGGGAUCCGGCCAGAUGAUUACCUGUGCUCCCUUUGCAGUGAGCCCCUCAUCGAGCUUUCCAACUCCGGAGCCAGCGGCUCCAUCUUCUACGUCUCCAGCGACGACGAGUUCAUCAUCAAAACAGUUCAGCACAAAGAGGCAGAGUUCUUGCAGAAGCUGCUGCCGGGUUACUACAUGAACUUGAACCAGAACCCCCGGACCCUCCUCCCCAAGUUCUACGGCCUCUACUGUGUGCAGGCUGGCGGCAAAAACAUCCGGAUUGUGGUGAUGAACAACCUGCUGCCCCGCUCGGUGCGCAUGCACCAGAAGUACGACCUGAAAGGCUCCACCUACAAGCGCCGGGCUUCCCAGAAGGAGCGGGAGAAGGUCUUCCCCACCUACAAGGACCUGGAUUUCAUGCAGGAUGUUGUCGACGGCCUCUUCCUGGACGCUGACAUGUACAGCGCCUUGUGCAAGACCCUGCAGAGAGACUGCUUGGUUUUGCAGAGCUUCAAAAUCAUGGACUACAGCUUGCUCGUGGCAGUCCACAACCUCGACUUGGCUCAGCGGGAGCGCGCCGUGGCGGAUGGGGUGGCCGUGGCAGACACACGGCGGCCAGCCCCCCAGAAGGCCCUGUACUCCACAGCGAUGGAGGCCAUCCAAGGGGAAGCCCGGCGAGGUGGCACCAUUGAAACGGAUGACCAGAUGGGAGGGAUCCCGGCCCGGAACGCCAAAGGGGAGAGGCUGCUUCUCUACGUGGGGAUCAUCGAUGUGCUGCAAUCUUACAGGUUCAUUAAGAAGUUGGAGCACUCGUGGAAAGCCCUUGUUCAUGAUGGGGACACGGUUUCAGUUCACCGGCCCAGUUUUUACGCGGAAAGGUUCCAGCGGUUCAUGUGUAACGUUGUCUUCAAGAAAAUCCCUUUUAAAUCUUCCCCUUCGAAAAAGAGCCGGUCUGGUGCAGGACCUCCCCGGCGGCCAGGCCAGGGUGGCGCCCCAUCCCAGGUGCAAGGGCUGUGCGAGGCAAAAGCGCAGUUCACGAUGGAGGCGGAAGUCGAGCAAGGUUCCCAGCUGGGCCGCCCUGACCUUCUCCCCCACACUCCCCUUGCAGAGGAAAUAAACAGCGACUCAGCUGCCACAACCUUAUCCACCUCCUCCUUGGGGAGCAGAAGCCACGAUUCACCAGCCAACAGGUCGAUAGGAGUGGAAGUGCACAAAUCAGGCUACAGGCAGAGCUAUGCAGACAUGUGUUCUAGCAAGACCAGGUUCAGCCUCAGCAGUAGCCGUAGGUCACAGGAAAACAGCUUAUCUUCAGAGGUAGCUAGUUCAACGUUCUCCCAACAUUUCUCCAGGACUCUCCGCACCAGGACGUCCCUCUGAGCUGACGGAGCAAUUUGAAGACUUGCCAGAGACAGAGAUAAGCUUCUGAAAUAUCAUGGGGUGGAUUCCUUCUUUAGACGUGAGCGGAAGACUUUCCUCCAUGCUCUCUGCGUUGCCUGUGGAGCACUGAACCUCCAGCCCUUCCCA